GCGUGCAGUUGCUCGUUGUUGUCGCUGCUGCUGUAAGGGUUUGGUGCUGCGGAGGUCCAUUUUCGCACCCGUCAAUUUGAGCUAAGAUGACAGCACAAACCGCCGCCGAUCUUGCCACGGAGCUGGAGCAGCAAAAGCUCCACUCUGACGACCCCAUUAUUGAAGACGACAAGGAUGAUGAUGAGGAUGAUGAGGAUGACGAUGAUGAGGACGCUCCCGACCUAGAGGAGUCCGCUGCAGAUGGAACCGGUAAGUCCAAGCAAAGUCGGAGUGAGAAGAAGAGUAGGAAGGCCAUGCAGAAGCUCGGCAUGAAGCCCGUUCCCGGCGUUACCCGAGUUACAAUCAAGAAGAGCAAGAACAUCUUGUUUGUUAUCUCCAAGCCCGAUGUCUUCAAGAGCCCUGCAUCAGACACCCACAUCAUCUUUGGAGAGGCCAAGAUUGAGGAUUUGAGCUCACAGCUUCAAUCGCAAGCAGCUGAACAGUUCAAGAACCCAGACUUGAGCCACGUCGAAGCUAAGGCCGAGCCAUCAGCAGCGUCGGAGGCUGAGGACGAAGAGGAGGUCGACGAGACUGGUGUUGAACCUAAGGAUAUCGAAUUGGUUAUGACCCAGGCCGGAGUUUCCCGGGCUAGAGCCGUUGCUGCCCUCAAGGCAACAGUGCCCAGAGGAGAUAUUGUUAGCGCAAUUAUGGAGCUUACAGCAUAAUGGAGAUAUUAAAUCAAAUAUGAUUGUGGCUCGUAAUGUGACAUACGUGUUGAGUUUUGCGUUGUCUAAAUGUUUAGGCAAUAUUUGGGCACUUAAAAUCUCAGGUGUCUUGUCUCGCACGAGUCUUAAGAUUUACCCCUCAGCCAGUUUUGCAAGUCGAGUGAACUUGACCCGGGUCUCUAUAAAUCCCUUUGCCUCUCAUCCCCUAUCUCCUCCUGUAUACUCGCUUCAAUUAGGUGAUAGUUUAUUGCCUUGUCAACCCAGCAUUUUAACUAAAUUACUGCGGUACUGUAAAGGUUGGUACUCCAUGCCUUUCUUCCACCCAGGUGCAAUUCCGGCAAGAAAGUUAUUGAGCUUUUUUGGUUACAGUGGAUAUUCUCUAUGUGUAUGGGAUUCCUUCUGG